AUGUUGGAAGGUCUCGUCGCCAACCUACUAAAUCGCUUUCUGGGCAUGUACGUCAAGAACUUCGACCCUAAGCAAUUGAAUGUAGGAAUAUUCUCUGGCGAUGUCAAGCUGCGUAAUUUAGAGUUGAGACGCGAGGCGCUGGAUCAGCUGCACUUGCCCAUCAACGUCGUCGACGGACGGCUUGGCGAGCUUACGCUCUCGAUACCUUGGUCCAAUCUACGUGGCAAGCCUGUCAAAGUCAAUAUCGAGGAUGUUUUCCUUCUCGCUGCCCCCAAAGAAGAAGAUCAGUACGAUGCCGAAGAGGAGGAAAAGCGUACGGUAGCUGUGAAGCUCGAGAAACUCGAAAGCGCCGAACUGCUCAAGGACCGCAAUGCCGAGGGCAUGAGCAAGGAGGAACAGCAAAAGAACCAGAGCUUUGUCCAGAGCUUCACCACCGCAAUCGUCGACAACUUACAGGUCAGCAUCAAGAAUGUUCACAUCAGAUACGAGGAUGCCAUCGCCGCCCCCGAUCAUCCUUUUGCCAUCGGUUUCACCCUCAAAGAGAUGAGUGCUGUCAGCACCGAUGCUGAUUGGCGCCCAACCUUUAUUCAAUCAACCUCAAGCACUACCCACAAACUCGCCGUCCUAAACUCGUUGGCACUUUACUGGAACAGUGAUGCUGAGCUCUUCGGCACCGGUAAGGGCGGUGAUGCUGAUGCUGGCUCCGAGAAGCUUGGCACGGAAGAACUUAUCCGGCGCUUCAAGGAGGGCAUUGAGAAGAGUGACAAUCCUCAAUAUCUCCUGAAGCCUGUCAGUGGCCGUGCUGGUCUAGAACUGGACAAGACCGGCAAUACAGAUCGUCCACGGAUGAAGGCACGUUUGAUGUUCCAAGAAUUCGGGUUCCUACUAGACGACGAACAAUACCGGGAUGCUCUGAUGCUCGUGGACUUGAUGCAUUACUUCAUUCGUCACCAGGAGUACAAGAAGAACCAGCCGGAGAAGAGUCCAAAGGAAGAUCCGAGAGCGUGGCUCAAGUUCGCCGGAACUGCUGUGCUCGACAAGAUCCAUGAUCGCAACCGCCGCUGGACUUGGGACUACUUCAAAGAGCGUCGAGACAUGCGCCUUCGCUACAUCGAAGUGUUCAAGAAGAAAAAGAGGGAGGAGCAGUUGACUGAGGCUGAGAAGAAAGAUCUCACCGAUCUUGAAUACAAGCUCUCUUACGAAGAUCUGCGCUUCUGGAGAUCACUCGCUCGGAAUCAGAUGCGAAAGGAGAACGUGGGAGUCAAAAAGCCGGCGGCGAAACAGACUUGGGGUCAGUGGGUUUGGGGUCAGAAGCCCGAGAAUACUGAUGAUUCGCAAGCUGAGAUGACCGAGGAAGAUCGAAAGAAGCUGUACGAUGCCAUAGAUUGGGAUGAGAAGAAAGCUAUAAGCGACAGCGUCGACCUACCGCGUGAGACAGUCAAGAUGCAAAUCGAAUCAAGUCUUCGAACCGGCAGCUUCACAUUGAAGCGUGACCCUCAUGGAAAAGCCAAUGAUGUCCUAAAGCUGGUGUUCGACAACUUCCGCGCCAAGACACUGCAGCGACCAGAUUCGUUUCUCGCUGAUGUCAAUCUGGGUGGCUUUCGUGUCUAUGAUGGUACCACUGAAGGGACACUGUUUCCACAGAUUGUCAAAGUCAAAGGUGUUGAAGAACAGCCGAAAGAUGAUGCAGAAGUUUCUGACGACACGAACCUUCCCACUGACAAGGGCGAAAAGCAAGAUGACGAUGACGAUGACGGGCUCUUCCAUCUCAUAUUCGAGAACAACCCUCUUGAUGAGAGCGCAGACACUGAGGUCAUGCUUAAACUAAAGAGUCUUGAAUUCAUCCAUAACCCCCAAUUCGUUGUGGAGAUCGCCAAGUUCUUCAAGCCUCCUGCCAGGCAAAUGGAAUCAAUCGGUGCACUUCUCGAGACUGCCGGUGCUACUGUCGAAGAGAUUCGUCAGCAAACCCGUGCGGGUCUAGAGUUUGCGCUCGAGGAGCACAAGACCAUCAAUGCGAAUCUCGACAUCCAAGCUCCGAUCUUCAUCAUUCCAGAGUCCAUUACCAAAGAAAGCGCCCUCUGCAUGAUAUUGGACGCUGGCCACGUCAGUCUGAAUAGUGAGCUCGUUGACAAAGACACGCUUCAAGACCUUCACUCGAAACGCAAGAAGCAGUACACGCAACAAGAUUACCAACAGCUAGAAGGCUUGAUGUACGACAAGUUCCAUCUCAGGCUGGACUCCACGCAGGUUCUGUUGGGCCCCGGCAUUGAAGCCACCCGUGCCGAGCUUGAUUCAAAGGAGGACGACCAGAAAAUGCAUCUGAUCGACCGCAUCAACAUGGAUUUCCUGUUAGAGCUUUCGAUUCUUCCAAAAGCGCCAGACAUAACCAGGACCCGCAUCUCAGGAACGCUUCCGAUCCUGCACGCUUCAAUGUCUGACCAGAAAUACAAGAACAUCAUGAAGCUGCUCGAUGUGGCUGUACCUAAAUUCGACAAGGACAAGCCAACCACCGCCGAGAAUGCCGCCGGAGACAAGCAGCUCCAGUCCCAAGGCGAUGAUCCCAGAUCUAAACGCAAAUCUGUGGUACUUCUAGAGCGAAAAGGACAGGCACUGAUUGAUGCUGAUUCUGACUCAGAAGACAACAGCGCACAGAAGUCUUCGGGGAAACCACAAGAGGCCGAAAAGCCAAUCAAUAUCCACCAGCGCAAUUUCGAAUUCAAUUUCACUGUUGAGAAGCUGCAAGCAUCGUUGUACAAGUCGGAUGCAGAGAACCCCAAGAACGACAAGCUACUGGUUGAACUAGUUGCUGAACAUUUUGCACUAUCCUUCUACCAGAGACCUUUCGACAUGGUGGCAGAGGUUCGCUUGGGCGCCAUGACAGUUGACGACCAUAUCGAGCAAGAGCCUCUACCGGAGUUCAAGCAGAUCAUCUCGUCCAAGGGCUUCCAAGCCGAGGAAGGAAAAGACCUUUUCAACGUGAAGUUUGUGAAAGUCAAUCCCGAUUCACCAGAAUUCCAAUCAACAUAUGAAGGAAUUGCUACGAAUCUUGAUGUGGCUGUUUCGACGAUCAACCUCAUCGUGACCCGGAAGACUCUCCUUACUCUGUUGGACUUUGUACUUGUCACCUUUGCGAGCCCUGGAGAACCACAGAAGGAUCAGAAGGCGAUUGAAGAUAGGGACAGUCAGCCUGUGGAGCUAAGUCCUGCAAAGAAGAACGACCAAAGUGACAAGAUCAGGAUCAAGGCGCAAUUGUCUAGCAUUGCAAUGAUUCUAAACAAUGACGGCGUGCGCCUUGCCACGUUGACCUUGAAUUCGGGCGACGUUGGUGUGUAUCUUGACCCCCCAACCAUGCAAAUUAAGGCUCGCUUGGGCAGCCUCUCCCUUGUUGACGAUAUCAACCAAGGCGCUCCUGAGGACUCUCCGCUACGCCGUUUGAUUGCAAUCGAAGGUGAUGACCUUGCCGACUUCAAAUAUCAGACGUACGACCCAAGCCGGAAGGGUUAUCCGGGAUAUGAUUCUGGUGUGUAUCUGCGCUCUGGUUCGAUCAAGGUCAACUUCUUGGAGGAGCCGUUUCGCAAGAUUAUGGAGUUUGGCGUCAAGUUUGGCAAGAUGCAAGGCAUCUUCAACGCUGCACGCCAGGCGGCCGCAAAUCAAGCUACGCAGGUCCAGGAGUCCGCGCAGAAGAUGCACUUCGAUGUUGUCAUCAAGACCCCAAUCGUGGUCUUCCCGAGAGCAAUGGUUGACAAUCGCCCGAGAGAUCUGCUUACCGCCUAUCUCGGAGAGAUAUACGCUUCCAACAAGUUUGUCGGCGUGCAGGGCCAGAAAGAUGGGCCGCUGGUCAACAAGCUAUCCGCUGGCAUUCGACAUAUUCGCUUGACAACCGAGUUUCACUACGAGGAUGGUCAAUCUGAGGAGAUUGAGAUGAUUGAGAAGGUCGACCUUGACUUCAAGAUUAGGUACCUUGAACAUCAAAGCGGCCUCGAACGUCCAGACCUCGAAAUCGAAGGCAACAUGUCUGACGUGAAUCUCCGUAUCUCCCAGACGCAGAUGAAGUUCCUCCUGGAGCUGUCCAAGACUAUUCCUGCGGCAUUCGCGACAGAGGUCGAAACCGAUGAGGAGAUCGCUGAAGAGCUUCCGAGAUCCGCCUCCGAUGUUGCUUUGAAGUCUCAGCUCCAGAGUCAGGAACAGCAGCAGAUGGAAGAAUCAAAGCCUUCCCAUCAAUCCCCAGAACUGGGCGCUACCGACGAGACGUGGACUAAGCUCAAUCUCGUCUUCGAAGCGCCCCUCGUCGGCCUUGAACUCAUACUGGCGAAAGAAGAUGAGCCCACGGGCGAUUUGGACGCUGCGAGCUUUUCGAAGUUCUCACUCAACCAGACCAACGUCAAGAUGCGAAUGCUAAGUGAUAAUGCCCUAGAGGCAGAGCUGCUGAUUCACUCGUUCACUAUUCGAGACAGCCGCCAGCAAGAGACAAACAAGUUCCGCAAGAUCAUGUCUCUGAUCAACAACGACGUUCAACAGCAAUUCAUGGCAAGCGUAUCGAUCUCUGGUGGUACCGAUCGGCACAUGAUAGUCAUGCUUACUAUCGAUAGCCCGAGGAUCAUCUUCGCUUUAGACUAUCUUUUCGCUCUACAGUCUUUCGCCACCACUGCCCUGGCUGUCAAUGAUCCUGCAUCAAUUGCAGAGACGGAAGCGGUCUAUGACGAUGACGAGGAGCAGUCGGAUUGCAGUGAAUCGGAAGACAUGAAACCCGCUGCUGAGAACGCCUCCUCGAUGACGACCUCAUUCAGGAUUAACAUUGUUGAUGCACAGGUAAUCCUCAUCGCCAACCCUACGAUUUCAAAUACUGAAGCCAUCGUACUUGGGACCAAGGGGGUGCUACUAUCACAGCAAAACGCCACAACCCUGCAGGUCAACAAAGUUGGCAUGUUCUUGUGCCGUAUGGACAAGUUCGAGACAAGUCGCCUCCGGAUUUUGGACGACUUUUCGAUCAACAUGUCCAUGGAAAAUCGCUCUCAAGGCAGGCAAUCUUCCCUGACGUCGAUGCAUUUGGAAAUCGAACCCCUUGUCCUUCGACUAUCCCUCCGCGAUAUCCUCCUGGCGAUGCAAAUUGCAGCCAAGGCAACCGCAACCGCUCCGCAACCCAAGAUGGAGCAUGCGGAGCCAAAGAAGAUCAAGGAGGUUAAAGGUUCCUCGAAAGCUGCCUCUACCAGACGCAAAUCUAUGGCCGGUGCCAGCGUGUCCAAGAAGUCCAAGCGCACGAAAUCGGUUACUGCUCGCGCUCAGACUGCAAGAUCACAAUCCUCCGUCGUUGUUAAGCGCGAGGAUUUGGUCGCGGAAAUCGACGGCAUCAGAGUCAUCUUGAUAGGUGAUAUGCAUGAGCUUCCGCUUCUGGACUUCAGCGUCAAGAAGUUUGACGUCAAUGUCAAAGACUGGUCAGGUGCAAUGAGUGCGGACACCAAUUUCAAUACCUUCAUCAACGUCUACAACUUCUCCAAGUCAGCCUGGGAGCCUCUUAUUGAGCCGUGGCAGUUGGGAUUUCACAUGGCGAAGGAACAAGACCAAGACAUGAUGUCUGUUGAGCUUUACUCGCACAAGAACAUGGAGCUAACCGUCACUUCGGCCACCAUCGCCCUCGCCUCAAAGUCUUUCACUUUCCUCAAUACAGACGAGGACAUCUUAUCCAAGCCUCGAACAGCCGAUGCUCCUUACCGGAUACGCAAUUACACGGGCUUCGACUUGAGCGUCUGGGCCGACGAGAAGAGUGAGACAGCCGCCGCGGCCAAGCUGACCGAUGGUGAAGAAUACGCCUGGAGAUUUGAGGAUGCAACUUCCAUGCGUGAGAACCUGUCACCCGAAGGCAACGCCGGCCUCGUUGGUGUGAAGCUCGAAGGGAGCGGUUUUGACAGCAUCGGGCGCAUCCCUGUCAUUCGUGAAGGAGAGACUCUGUACAACUUGAAGCCGCGGAAAGACAAGAUCCAGCAUCGCAUGCUGGUUGAAGUCAAACUUGGAACAGACAACGUCAAAUAUAUCACCUUCCGCUCGCCAUUGCUUGUGGAGAACAAGACGCAGAUUCCGAUUGAGGUCGGCGUCUUUAGCCCCGAGGAAGGCACAUUGUUGAAGAUUGAGAAGGUUCCUCCGGGCGAGGGACGGCCUGCUCCCGUUGGAGCGGCCUUCAUGCACUCUCUGCUCAUUCGACCUGACCAAGGUUUUGGCUAUGGCUGGUCCAAUGAGAGACUAUUCUGGAAGGAUCUCCUUAAGCGCAGCACAAGGACCAUCACCUGCCAGGGCGAGAGCCGCGAUGAUUCUCCACCAUUCUAUUUCCAAAUGCAUGCUUCCUACGACAAGAAGGAUCCCAUGACGCAAAUCUACCCGUUCAUGCGGAUCCAGAUCUCAGCUCCUAUCGAAGUUCAGAACCUGCUUCCAUACGAUUUCAAGUACAGGAUUUACGACAAGAACACCAAAAAGGAUUGGACAAACUUCCUUAGGAAGGGUGGCGUCAGUCCAGUCCACGUUGUGGAGCUUUCACACCUGCUUCUUCUCAGCGUCGAUCUUGAAGACACGCCUUUUAAGCAAAGCGACUUCGCUAUCGUCAACAGCAACACACAGGAAGACUUCCGGCGCGAGAAGAACCUCCAGCUGAAAGAUGCUCAGGGAUCGCAGCUAAGGCUCAAGCUCCACUAUACCAAUGUUCCAGAUAGUGGAGGCGCUUUCAAGGUCUCCAUUUACAGUCCAUAUGUCAUCCUCAACAAGACAGGUCUCGACAUGAGCAUCCAGAGUAAGGCAUUUUUCGGUGGCUCCAAAGCCACCCCGAGCGGCGGUUUUGCAGCAAGCUCUGGGCACGGCAAAGCUCUACCUUACCUCUACUCCUACCCGACAGACGAUCGCAAGAAUCGCUCAGCCUUGAAGAUUGGCGAAUCUGCUUGGAGUAAACCUCAGAGUUUCGACGCUCUAGGAAGUUCCUAUGAGGUUGUGCUACCUGCCGCGUCCGGUCGUUCGGAGAUGCACGUUGGUGUCGAUGUCUCGGAGGGAGAAGGCAAGUAUAACCUGUCCAAGGUCAUUUCCAUCACGCCUCGCUAUAUCUUGAAGAACAAGAUUGGCGAAGACCUGGAACUCCGUGAACCAGGAUCAUCCACUGUCAUGAAGCUGAAAAGCAACGAGCUGCUCCCCGUGAAGUUCAUGCGGCAAGUGCAAGAGAAGCAGCUAUGUCUGUGCUUCCCUGGGGCAAACAAUCAAUGGUCGUCGCCCUUCAAUCUCGGCAAUGUUGGCAUGACUCAUGUCAAACUGGCAAAGCAAGGUCAGCGACAGAAGUUGGUCCGUGUUGAGAUCAUUCUCGAGGGUGCAACCCUUUUCCUCCAUUUCAGUAUUGAGACAAAGCAUUGGCCUUUCUCUAUGAGAAAUGAGAGUGAUACAGAGUUCCUAUUCUUUCAGGCCAAUCCAAAUAUUGAUGAAGAUGAGGAGGAAGACAAGGGUAGUGGCUGGAAACCUAUCCGCUACAAACUACCAGCCCGAAGCAUCAUGCCCUACGCAUGGGACUAUCCAGCAUCAAGGAACAAGGAGCUUGUCCUUACAUCUGGUGGCCGGGAGCGGUACGUCAAGCUCGCCGAAAUUGGUAACCUCAUUCCGAUCAAGCUACCACCACGCCAGGCUGGUGGAUCACCACGUAUCAUCGAUGUCAACAUUGUUGCAGAUGGUCCCACACAAACAUUGGUCCUCUCGAACUACAAACCUCAGCGGUCGCUGUAUCGGCAACAGACGAACAUGUCUACGACAUCGCAGACUACGGUGAAUCAAGGAUUUGAAGUGAAGCAGAUCGAAUCAGAGGUCAACUUCAAAGCCGAGCUUCGUCUGGCUGGAAUCGGCAUCUCGCUUGUCAACUCGAGCUUACGGGAACUCCUGUACAUGACUUUCCGCGAAAUCGAGUUCAAGUACGGCGAUUCGAAGCUGUAUCAGACCUUCAGUGCAACGACAAAGUGGAUACAAAUUGACAAUCAGCUUUAUGGCGGCAUCUUCCCCAUUCUGCUCUAUCCCAGUGUUGUGCCAAAGACAGGCAAAGAGAUGGAAGCGCAUCCGAUCUUCCACGCCAUGGUCACUCGUGUCAAGGAUGACGGGUACGGAGUUCUUUACAUCAAAUACGCCACUCUGUUGCUGCAGCAAAUCACGAUCGAGCUUGAUGAGGACUUCAUUUUCGCCCUGCUUGAUUUCACCAAAGUCCCCGGUGCCUCUUGGACUGAGGAGAAGGAAGGAAAGCUUUGCGAUGAGACCGUCGAUGUGCCCGAGCCAACUCGCGAGGAACAAGGCCAGGACGUGUACUUCGAGCUCCUGCAUCUUCAACCAAUCCAGCUGGAUCUGUCAUUCGUCCGAACCGAGAGGAUCAACGCCGAAGAUACAAUGAGUUCGAACCCGAUGAUGUUCUUUGUCAAUGUCAUGACAAUGUCCAUUGGCAACGUCAAUGAUGCACCGAUCAAGCUGAAUGCACUCAUGCUGGAGAAUGCUCGUAUCUCCGUUCCCGCCCUCAUUGCCAACAUCAGGAAUCAUUACACGCAAGAAGUCCUUCGACAGGUUCAUGUUAUCCUCGGAUCUGCUGACUUCCUCGGCAAUCCUGUUGGUCUUUUCAACAGUGUCAGCUCUGGUGUCGCCGAUAUCUUCUACGAGCCAUACCAGGGACUUGUGAUGACCGAUCGUCCUCAGGAGCUAGGCAUCGGUAUGGCCAAGGGAGCAAGCAGCUUCGUCAAGAAAUCCGUCUUUGGUUUCAGCGACAGUAUGGCCAAGUUCACUGGAUCUAUCUCAAAGGGCCUGGCUGCUGCAACCCUUGACAAGGAAUUCCAAGACCAGCGUCGCAUGUCCAAGAACAGAAACCGUCCCAAGCAUGCUCUGUAUGGUGUGACUUCUGGCGGGAAUGCGUUUGCCACAAGCGUCGCUAGCGGAAUCGGAGGCCUCGCUCGACAUCCGUUAGAAGGUGCAGAGAAGGAAGGCGCAUUCGGCUUUGUGAAGGGGGUAGGAAAGGGUAUGUUAGGUCUCGCGACGAAGCCCGCCAUCGGCGCUUUCGAUCUGGCUUCCAAUGUGGCCGAAGGCGUGCGCAAUACAACCACCGUGUUUGAUGCUGAAGGCUUGGAUCGUGUUCGCUUGACUCGUUUCAUCGGCAUGGACGGCAUUGUGCGCCCGUACUCUCAGCGAGAAGCGCUUGGGCAGUUCUGGUUGAAGACUUGUGAUGACGGCAAGUAUUUCAACGAGGACUACAUCGCACACCUUGAACUCGAAGGCAAGGACAUGAUGGUUCUAUUGACCUACAAUCGGGUUCUUAUGAUCAGAACUCGGAAGCUGCGCAUGGAGUGGGAUGUCAAGUUGACCGAUGUUCAGACCAUCAGCAAGGAGAGGACUGGUAUGAGUAUUGGCUUGAAAGGCGGUGCAAAUGGACCCUUUGUCCCCAUUUCGGAGCAGAGCCAGCGGGACUGGCUCUACAAGCAGAUUGCUGUCGCCGUGAACGCAUUUAACGAUCGAUACAAUGCGAAAGGAUGA